UUUGUUAGAUUCUCCUUUUUGUCUCUAUCCAUAUUUAUUAUAUAAACUUCUAACUCCACCCAAAUCACCUCCUUACAAUUAAAAGAAUGACAAUUUCAACUUCUCAUUCUAAUAAGUCUUCAUCAGUCAAUCCACAUAACGGAUUCUGUUACAAAACCCUAAUCUUCCACAGCCUCAGGCCACCACCAUCUCUCCCUCCACCUUCUUCCCCAUUAUCCGUAACCGAUUUCAUCUUCUCUCUCCUCCAAACCACCACCGCAUCACUCAUCGACGCCACCACCCGCCGCACCAUCCCAUACUCCGACGUCCCGUCAAUCGUCCGCAACCUCGCCGUCUCCCUCCGUCAAGCGCCGUUAUCUCUAUCCCCUGGAGACUCUGCUUUUGUUAUAUCCUAUAAUGGUUCACACAUCCCUAUUUUGUGUCUCUCUCUGUUUUCUGUUGGUGUUGUUGUUUCGCCGGCGAAUCCUGCUAGCUCGGUUUUGGAGAUUUCGAACAUGAUCCGGCUGUGUAAACCGGCGGUUGUUUUCGCUACGGCGGAGGUGGUGGAGAAGGUGAUAGAAGCAGGGUUUAAGAAGCGGAUUGUGGUGAUUGAGUCGGAUGAGUUUGAAUCCAUGAUGAGAGUUGUUGAAUCCAAUGGAGGAGAUGGAAUUAAAGUUAGGGUUUCGCAAUCGGAUACGGCUGCCAUUUUGUACUCAUCAGGUACCACAGGGAAGAUCAAAGGAGUGAAACUGACGCAUCGGAAUUUGAUAUCAUCAUUCGCCGGAGCAAUCGCCGGACGUCAGCCCAGAUCUUCUCCAGCGGUGUACCUUUGUCCGGUGCCGUACUUUCAUGUCUACGGCUUCAGUCUCUGCAUAAGGACAGUGGCGUGUGGUGAUAGUUUAGUGUCCAUUGGACGGUUCGAUCUGCGGUCAAUGCUGCGGUGCAUUGGGGAGUUUAAGGUUACUCAUCUGCCACUAGCACCACCGGUGGUGGUGGCAUUGGUGGACGGUAGUAAUGAAGGUUUGGUGAAUGGAAGCGAUUGGAGAUCUGUGGAGUCGGUGUUUAGCGGCGGAGCACCGCUUACGGUGUCCGUCAUUGAUAAGUUUAAGAGAAGGUUUCCGAAUGUGGCUUUGGUGCAGGCAUAUGGGUUGACCGAAACGACAGGUGGAGUCUCACGAAUUGCGGGUCCGUAUGAGAGCACGAUAGUAGGUACUGUUGGGCGGCUCAUAGCCAACUGUGAAGCAAAGAUAGUUGACCCCGACACGGGGGCUGCAUUGCCUCCUAUGAACCGUGGUGAACUAUGGGUUAGAGGCCCAUUUAUUAUGAAAGGGUAUGUUGAUGACAAAGAAGUUUUGGAUACAAUGGUUGACUCGGAUGGAUGGCUAAGAACCGGUGAUCUUUGUUACUUUGACAAUGAAGGAUUCUUAUUCAUUGUGGAUCGGUUAAAAGAGUUGAUCAAGUAUAAAGGUUAUCAGGUACCACCAGCCGAAUUGGAACACAUCCUACAAUCACAUCCUGACAUUAUUGAAGCAGCAGUGAUUCCGUAUCCAGAUGAGGCAGCAGGGCAAGUACCCAUGGGUUUUGUGGUUAGAAGAAAAGGAAGCACCAUUGAUGAAACACAAGUGAAAGAUUAUGUGUCAAAACAGGUUGCACCAUACAAGAAACUCAGAAGAGUUUGUUUCAUUGAUUCGAUUCCAAAAAACGCUCCAGGGAAGAUAUUGAGGAAAGAGUUGAUCAAGAUGGCUCUUUUGGGUAUCACUUCUAGGCUUUAAGUAGGAAUCGUUCCUAAACGGGUGUAAGAUUUGAAAUGGGAUGAAACCUAUAAAUUUGGUAUAGAAGUCUAUUCCCAUAUCACCGGAGAAUCAAGCUCUUCGAUUAUGAUUACUGACUGCAAACCGAACAUCACGUAAUAAUCCCUGGAAUUUGCUACAAUAAAUGAUAAUCAACUUGUUUAAUUGAUGUAAGCCAUUUAGUCUCAUGGUUGGAAAAAAUGGACAAUGUAGAGCAAUAAGCUGAAUGAUCCAAUGAUUUAUCGGAUUACAAACAACAUUCAAAUCAUACGGUCGUUUACUAAGAUAAAAGUUUCUGGGCUUUUGACUCAUCGGGUCGUUUACUUGUUAAUUUUGUUAAGGAACACAAUUUAAAUUUGGGUAGAUUAUUUUCAAUCACCGUAAGUAACCAAUUUGGUAGCUUUACCUUGUAAAUAGACACUGUGGUUAUCUUGAUAUGAAUAGCAUGUUAAAUUCUAUUUAAA